CCUGCUUCAUUCACAGAAACGCUGGCUCGCUCGCUAGCCUUUUCAUUCACACAAACAGCAUUUCAUUCACAUUUUGCUGUUUUUGUCUGCAUCUAAUGAAGAUCUUGCUUUGGGAAUGAUAGGGCUGUUUCGCUACAGAUCUGGGGAGGACUCUGAUAACCAUCAAAAUCAUCUAUGGGGUGUGCAAUUGCUGUUGCUAUGCAAGCUAGGGAAAGGGAACAAAUGAGUGCCGUGUGGCUGUUCUGCUAGGGCUGCGGCACAGGAGGCGAGCCGUGGGGACGCGUUUCCUGUACCGGGGACGCCGCGGCUCCUCUGCGCUCUUGCGUCCUAGGGGUUGGCCUCACUCGCUCGCCCGCCUUGAGUGGCGCUUAUUAAACUCUGCUCCGUAGAGCAGGGUUCAAGACUCAGGACCUCACGUGCCCCACAUGUUCGGUCAUGGGAGUGAGAGGACUCAGGGUGACCUGAGAGUGUGCUAGAGCUGAAUUUAUUCGCUUGCUCAGAAGUUGCGGGAAAACUUUGAUAGUGAGUGUUUCACUGUGGAGCAGGUGAUCCUAAUGCAUGAGAAAGCCUGGCAGAGCCCACUGAGGUCAAGAGUCAGAGGGCUUCAGUCUCGGGCAGACCUCUGGGGACAGCGAAAGCCUUGCUCUCCUGAGAGGAAGAAGGCCUGUGCAUUUUACUUGCAAGCCCGAGCCUGACUCCUGAAAAGAAGGCAUAUUUUCCUCCCUGUGGAUUUGAUGUGCAAUAAGAACAGCUGCAUUUUUUCCUUCCUGACUGCAGGGUUGCAAGCAGCAACUGAAGGAACAUUGAAAUGUAUUUGUAGCAUUUCUUAGGCGUUUUUCCAGAGCUUAAACACAUUCAGUAGGAUUAAAGCUUCAAAUGCAGCCCCUUUUUUGGAAUGGAUUUCUGGAGCCUGUUGCCACUCGUGAAAGAAGCACUCUUCUUUUUUGGAAGUGGAUAUUCAACUUAACCCUGGCUGAGAAAGACUGCUGUAAAUGAGCAGGGAAGACCCCUUGAUUGGCACUGUGCAGAAGUUCAUAUGCAGUUUUUUUUUUUUUUUUGAGGAACUGCACUGCCACAAAGACACUUGUCAUCGCUGCUCUGUUAAUUUGAAAAGAAAAAGCAAAACCCAGGAAAUUGGUAUUUUACAGUCACCUGGGGGUGAAUAUCCUUUUUGUUUUUUUCUAUUUAAAAAUUCCUGCUGCCUUCCAAGUCAAGAUUCAUCAGGAUUCGCUGAAGAUCUGAUUCUUAAAAAGCCUUCGUCACAUUUUAACGCAUCGCUGUUAGACACUUUUACAGGCUCACACAGAUGGGCUGAGCAGGGACGAGCAAAACCUAACAGAAUAAUGGGUUUCAGAAAGUUCAUUUGACGAUUUGAAGGAACUGGAUUGGAUUUACCUUUGGCACAAAUGCAGAUUGCAGGGGAUGCGAAGGUGAAAAAUCAAAGGUUGGAAGGAAAUAUCUGGGAAGGUAGAAAAAGGAAAUUUGAGAAUUGAUUGGCUAUAGUGUGCUGUCAGCGGGUGGAUGUCGUUUUUUUCUUCUUUUUUUCCUUUUUUUUUUUUUCUGCUACAGGAAGUGAUUUGCAGUGCUCACCGAGCCUUUGUUGAGAAGGGUCUCCUCUCAGAGUGAGUCAUGCUUUUGCUGUGAGCAGCCCCAAGCAGCUGGGCGCUCCAUCAGAGGCAACUAUGACUUUUGCAAAGCAAACGUGCAACCCCAAGCAGCGGUCUCCCGGGCCGGGGCUGCGCGGCCGCCGCUGUGCUGGCUUUUAAUGGUGGGAGGGCACCAUCCUCUUGCUCUGCUCUCAUUCUCCAGAAGGCUGUCCCGGGGCCCCCACUCUCCGUCCCGCUCCGGGGACAGUGGCUCGCCUGCUAUGCGCGGCAGCCCGCGCCGGGGCCGGCACCAGCAGCGCCCGGGCGGAUGCAGCGAGCCCACGGAGGGGCAUGCUUCCACGCACCAAGUACAACCGCUUCAGGAAUGACUCGGUGACAUCGGUCGAUGACCUUCUCCACAGCCUGUCGGUGAGCGGCGGCGGAGGCAAGGUUUCGGCGGCGCGCGCGACCCCGGCGGCGGCUCCCUACUUGGUGUCCGGCGAGGCGCUGCGCAAGGCGCCCGACGAUGGGCCCGGCAGCCUGGGCCACCUGCUCCACAAGGUGUCCCACCUGAAACUCUCCAGCUCGGGCCUCCGCGGCCUGUCGUCGGCCGCCCGGGAGCGGGCGGGCGCGCGGCUCUCGGGCAGCUGCAGCGCGCCCAGCCUGGCCGCCCCGGACGGCAGCGCGCCCUCGGCGCCCCGCGCCCCGGCCAUGAGCGCCGCCAGGAAGGGCCGGCCCGGCGACGAGCCGCUGCCCAGGCCCCCUCGGGGGGCGCCGCACGCCAGCGACCAGGUGCUGGGGCCCGGAGUCACCUACGUGGUCAAGUACUUGGGGUGCAUUGAAGUUCUGCGCUCAAUGAGGUCUCUUGACUUCAGUACAAGAACACAAAUUACCAGGGAAGCCAUCAGCCGUGUCUGUGAAGCUGUGCCUGGUGCCAAGGGAGCCUUCAAGAAGAGAAAGCCUCCGAGCAAAAUGCUGUCCAGCAUCUUGGGAAAGAGCAACCUCCAGUUUGCGGGAAUGAGCAUCUCUCUGACCAUCUCCACGGCCAGUCUGAACCUGCGAACUCCAGACUCCAAACAGAUCAUAGCGAAUCACCACAUGCGGUCCAUCUCCUUCGCCUCUGGGGGAGACCCGGACACAACUGACUAUGUUGCAUAUGUGGCUAAGGACCCUGUUAAUCGCAGAGCUUGUCACAUUUUGGAAUGCUGUGAUGGGCUGGCCCAGGAUGUCAUCGGCUCCAUCGGACAAGCCUUUGAGCUCCGGUUUAAGCAAUAUUUACAGUGUCCUACCAAGAUUCCCGCUCUCCAUGAUCGAAUGCAGAGUCUGGAUGAGCCAUGGACGGAAGAGGAGGGAGAUGGCUCAGACCACCCAUACUACAACAGCAUCCCAAGCAAGAUGCCUCCUCCAGGGGGCUUUCUUGAUACUAGACUGAAACCCAGACCCCAUGCUCCUGACACAGCCCAGUUUGCAGGAAAAGAGCAGACUUAUUACCAGGGAAGACACUUAGGAGACACUUUUGGCGAAGACUGGCAGCAAACACCUUUAAGGCAAGGUGAGAGGCAAGGGUCCUCGGACAUCUACAGCACGCCAGAAGGGAAACUGCACGUGGCCCCCACGGGAGAAGCACCCACCUACGUCAACACUCAGCAGAUCCCACCACAGGCCUGGCCGGCUGCGGUCAGCAGUGCUGAGAGCAGCCCGAGGAAAGACCUAUUUGACAUGAAACCUUUUGAAGAUGCUCUCAAGAACCAGCCUUUGGGGCCCAUGUUAAGCAAGGCAGCCUCCGUAGAGUGCAUCAGCCCUGUGUCACCUACAGCCCCAGAUGCCAAGAUGCUGGAGGAACUGCAAGCCAAGACUUGGUACCAAGGAGAGAUGAGCAGGAAGGAGGCAGAGGGGCUGCUGGAGAAAGACGGAGACUUCCUGGUCAGGAAGAGCACCACCAACCCGGGCUCCUUUGUCCUCACGGGCAUGCACAAUGGCCAGGCCAAGCACCUGCUGCUCGUGGACCCAGAAGGCACGAUCCGGACAAAGGACAGAGUCUUUGACAGUAUCAGCCACCUCAUCAACCACCACCUAGAAAGCAGCCUGCCCAUUGUCUCUGCAGGGAGUGAGCUGUGUCUCCAGCAGCCCGUGGAGAGGAAGCAGUGACCUGGCCAGCACUGCUCCCAGCACUGCGCACCAGGUCAGGAGGACCUGGAGUGGGCUAGAAUCGGGGCUGCUGGAACUGGGACAGCUGCCUGUGGCUCAGAGCCUUCUUCAAAAGCUUCAAAAGGAAGGCUUCCUUUAAGGUCAAGUUUCAUAAACUUGGUUCUGAAUUUCUCAUAUGCAUAUUAAAGGUGUACAUACCUAUACAUCCUGUACAAAUUAUCCCUCUAUAUUUAUAUUUUUUAAGACUAAGAAACAUGUAAGACUAAUGUUCUGUGCUGUAUGUUUUUAAUGAAAAAAAAAAUAAGUUUAACUGUAGUUGUCCAGGCAAAAAUUUAAUUCAACUGACCCAUCCCACCGGGAAAUGCCACUAGGAAGGUGUAGCCUGCAGUUUCACCUAAUAAGCACAACUGGAGGGGAAUAGAAACACAGAAUUGUGAGGGAAUCGCAAGGCAUGCUGCUCAGAGCAUGCCUAGCCCUGCACUGAAAGCAGUGAGAUACUGGUUCUGAGGCAUGGCUGUGCUUGCUGGUGGGAGCGGGCAUCCUCCCUUGGCCUCCCUGGGACACCUCCUGUGCUCCCUGCACUGCACUCCACGUGCCUGGGGUGUCCAGCACCACACAACUCGCUGCAGCUUCACUAAAGAACAGGUGGCACUCCAGCUUCUCCAGGUCCUGCUGAGCACAGGGCCCUGCCACCCUUGACCCCAGUUGUGCGAGGAGUACUUGGGAAUUCAUUUCAUGCCAAAAUGGCACAAAAUAAGCUUCACCAACCAAGAUUUUGAUUGACAAGUGCUUCCCUGUUCUCAUGUAUCUAAUGCUAAAAUGGGUAUUUGUAGAAGGGUGGUCGGGGCAAAUUCCUGGUUUGUGUCUCCCUCUAGUCAGCGGUUGACUACAGGCUGCUUAUGGUAGUUGCUAGUAAAGUCCCCCGCCCGCCUUAUACAACAGGGGAGAAGCCUGUGUGACAGCAAGAGCAGGCACCCAUCCCAGAGCUCAGUCCCGAAGACUCAGGUAUUGAGGCUUCUGGGGCUGCAUGUGCCAGAAACCCAGGAGUCACUGGAAUCCAUUUGAGGUACUGCCUCUGGCAUGAGGGAUGGGGGAAAGGCCUGCUGUCCCAACAACAAGGUUUCUCAGUCGCUUCAGGGAAGAGCAUGUGCCUGCCCCCACUCUUUGUCUUGACUCCCCUUCUUCCAGGUAAAAUACUGUCAUUUCCUGAGGAGUCAUUUGGUGUUAGAAAGCUGGCAAUGUUUAUACCUUUCAAAUACUAUCUGGGCUGAGACUGCCCUGUGAUUUUCACAGAUGCCCUUUAAAGAAUAGAUGGAUCCAUUUGCUUGCUGGCAGCUUGGCUCUCGUUCUGGUGAGACCCCACAGGGUACAGCAUCCUGUAGGGUAUGGGUCAGCAGAACAGAAAGACACACUAAACACGCUUAGAGUUGGAUAGUGAUAAAUCUGAUCCUGUAAGGAGAGUUAUGAGGAGACUGAAAAAUCUGGCAGAUAAUAAUACUGCUAAGUUCUAAUGCCAAUGGUAUGAGCCCCAUUUCUGCCUUGGGGUGUGCGUGUGGCCAGAUGGAAGGACAGGUUAGAGCUAACCAGUGAGGAUGAGUCAGGGCAGGCCCCAGCCUUCAUACAUGGCCUUCUAGGGAGUCUUUGCCUUUGAGGGUCCAGUGAAUUUGAGAUGACAGUGAAGUCAGUGUUCUAGAAUGUUCUGCAGUGGAUUGAAACUCUGGAGAGUCUGACACUACUGUAGACUGCACUGCUGUUUCCUGAAGUGGUUUUGGCUUCAGGCAUCAUGUGGAUACUCUGCUUAGUGAUCCAGAAGCAGACGGCUCCACGGGGAUGCUGGCAGCGGCUGCAUCAGGCUCCUGCCCCAAGACAGCAUAGACUUGGGUGCUCUGAGAGCUGCCCUGCACAUCUGUCCUCUGGGAGGCUGGGAGCCCUGGAGAGACACACACAGCUCUGACCCACCUGUGCAUGAAUGUGCACCACAUAGAAAAAUGUGCGAAAUGACCUUCUUUCUACAUUCAUGCAUUCCCCACUUGUGACAGGUCAAAAUGCUAUUAUAACAUUCAGGGACAAUAGCAAAGUAGGAAAUGCAAGUUAGGAGCUGUGAAUGCUGUAACAUUUGAUUUACUUUAUUUUUCUCUUGGGGGGACUUGAAUGGUAACCUGCAGCUUUAGUAGCUCUUGCUGUGAAGUCAGUGUCUAGUUCGAUGGUGAUAGAAAAUAUAUAUAAUAUUUUUUGCAUGAGAAUCAAUUUAGAAAACUUAAAGUAUUGGAGUCGAAUUUUUUCUUUUUAAUAUUAAUUCAAAAUAUACAUUUUUAAGCUCAGAUUAUAUAUUGGUUACACUAGAAUAGUGCCAGUGAAGUGAGCAGGCUUCAGACAUAGCAGAUGGCAGCGAUUUUCUAAUCUUUGUUCCCUCCCAUUUGUAAAGUGGGUUAGAGCACACAUUAGUUAUCCCAACUCUUCCCUCCAGCACUGUGUGGUGGGCCAUUCCUGUGAGCCUCACAGACACAUGGGGAAACUGAGGCUGGGGCUGGUGCCACACCUUGCUGGAGUCCAUGUUGUCAUCUGGCUGCAGAGCUCUUCUGCUCACUCAGCGUUUCCUGAGCCCUGCUGUGUGCCAGCCUAUGCUUUGAGCUCAGGAUUCCAAGGCAAAAGCAAUGGAGGCUCCUCCCUGUCUAGCCUGGGCCCCUCUUCCCCACACUUUCUCAGGCCACAUCUCUGCCUGGGCAGGGCAGGGAAGCUGAACAAUGAACGCAGCGGGAAUGGCAUUAGGCCUUGCAUUGCAGGGCCUCAGGCUUCCAGGGCACAGUCGCUGCUGCUGUGCUGGGCCACCCUGGUCCUGCAGAGUGCACCUGGGCCCUGCUGUCCCUCCAAUGGGCACCCCCAACACUUAACCCCAAACUCUAUGUCUUCUGGGAGUACAAGGUGGGGGCCAGCAGUCCUAAAACGGCCCCUCUGCCCUUACCGAGUGGCCCUAGAGACCCCCACCCACCUCCCCUAACCCCACGAAUGAAUCAGCUGUGCUUCAAAUGACAUCUCUGUCCCACGGAGGCCGGCUGGGCCUCUCAUGGGGGUGCUCAUUGUGGUUUAAGUUAGCUUUGAUUCUUGACCUCCAAGGCUGCCUCUGAGUAGCUAACUGGAGAAUCGGGUGGGGAGGUGAAAAACACCGCAGUCAAAUGACUCAAUCUUUAAUCCUGUGCUUAAGACACCACUGUUGCUGUUUUUUAUAUUUGAAGCGCCCAAAGACUGGGCGUCCGCUCAGCCUUGGUGAGCGAGCGGCUAUUUUGUCAGGCCAUCUAUGUUGUUGGGAUAAUGGACAAAGGCCUGAUUGGGCCAUAUAUGGCCUUCUUUAGGGCCUCCUGGAGGUGGAGGAAGUUGUGGGUAAUUUCUAAUAAAGACAGGAAAUGACAAGCCGUGUGUGUAGGUAAAGGCCUAACUUAAAAGGAAGGACAGGCCCAGGGAAGGGUGGACCCUAAAGGGCCCAUGUGCCAGGGGAACAGUGGACAUGUGUGUCCAGCCCAACCUCCAUGCCUGGUGCUGGGAUUCUGAAGGUGGCCCCCAGCUCCCAAAAUAAAGCUUUCCUUUUCAGUAGCGUCCGACACUUGGGUAGCUUCUUUCUAUAAGCAAUGCUUGAAGAUGGAUGUCUGGGUCCUCAUUUCCUCCAAACUGGCUGCCACCUGAAGGCAGUCACACAUUUCUUUUCUGUUGGGCUGAGCUGGGCAGAAGCCUCGGACUAUAGGCCUUUCCAGGGCAGAGGCAAUGCGGGCCACGAGUAGAUACCUCCAUCCAGCCUCCACCCUGGCACACCCAGAACGGCGUGGACUCAGGCGGGUUGCUGGAUUUCUCUGAGCCUUGGCAUGCUCUACACUGCAGGGCUAUACAUGUUCCCAGCUUGAGGGCGUGCUGGGGAUUGACAAAUAUAUGAAACAUAUAAGCGCAAUGAUUUUCUAAAAUUGUGCAUUCCCAGCGUGCCCAUUGGUUCUCUCUCACUGGCCCAACUUUGCGUGCUGUCCAUAAAUCCCUUUCUGUGGACGGUGACAGUAGGAUUGGGAGUGAGUGGGAAGAUUGUGGAAAGAUUGCAAAGAGGUCAUUGCAGGACUCAGACAGGCCUUGCAGUGGGUUUCAGAGUAAUACUCAGGUUCUCCCGUGGAACUUUCAAAGCUGGCUCUAAGAAAGAUGAAGAGGACAAACCCACUCCUGGACAUAGUGCCAGCCUAGAACUGUCAGCUCCGCACAGGAUCACAGGGAAGGGAGCUUGGUAAGACAGCCCAGUAGGGGGCCCUGCUUUUCAGAAGAGGAAACUGGAGCCAUGCAAGGGGCUGGGGAUCAACUUAGGAAACAGCACAGGACUCACAGUCCUGGGCCUGCACGUAAAGCUAGCCCCCUGCCCCAUGGAAAUGGCAAGCAGUGCUUCCCUCCAGGGGUUCUACAUCUGUGCUCCAUCUCAAAAUGCAUAAAAGCCUGAGUCAUUCAGAUGGGAGAGACAGUGUUUCUAUUUCCUCUUAGUUGGGGUUCCUCCAGAAGGAGACCCUGAGAGAGGACUUGAGGGUAUGUAGUUUAUUUGAGUGAAGAUCCCGGAAGUAGGGAGAGAAGGAAGCUGACGAGGAAGGCGUGCAUUAUCAAGUAGGUUACCAUCAUGUGCACUACUGGAGCUGAAUCCCACUGGGGAACCCUGAGAGACAGAGCUGACACCCCAGAGUUCACCCAGCAAGGCGGGGAGACAGCUGGGGUAUUUAUUCACCAAGUCUAUCACUUAUGAAAGGCUGUUUCUGGAAACAAUUUCUGACUGGCCCUGCACGCACCUGAGCAUACUUCCUAAGCUGGGGAUGUCCCUGGGCUGAGACAGGCGUUCGUGACAAGCAGACUUGGAGUGGAAGGCAGGCAUCAGAACCACCCUGUGAGCUGGUUCAGACAAAGAUUGCAGGCCCUCCCACCCCCCUGGCCCCGCCAAGUUCCUGACUCCCUAGGUCUGGAGUGGGGCCCGAGAAUUUGCAUUUCAAAAAAUCUCGAGGUGAUGCUGGUGCAGCUGCUCUGAAGUCUUGACUUUGAGAACCACUCACUAGUGAGAGUUUCCAGCCCUUACCUGUCUCUUAUUGAUGGCUUUCCCCCCUCUAAUUUAUAAUUAUGUUUUCACACCACUUCAUGUCACAGAUCCCAGGGUCCGUGCUGUGAAUUUAAAAGUGGAGAAUUAAUAAGCAUUUAUAACUCCAUGCAACCAUUGCUGGCAGCUUAAAUGCCAUCUGCCAGCCACAAUUUAUUUAUAAUGGGGUUUAUACAUAUUUAUAAGUUUGCAAGCAACAAAUGCACAGUUUUAAAACUGGCACAUUUUAUAGCAGCCAGAAAAAUUGCAACUUUAUACCAGGACUUGUGAAUGUGAAUUGCAUAUGUAUAUACAUAUACGCAUAUACUUACAUUGAUUAAAAACGGAUCUGCAUCUCUGUACACACGCAGAUUGGCUCUGUGUUGUGCACCUUGGGACUCCUCCCUGGGCUUUGGUUUUACAGCUAAGUAGGAAGUCAAACAAACGUGAAGAAUUUGGGAAUUGGCAGGCUGUGGCAUCAGCCAUGGAGAAUGGUCCUGGAUGCUGUAGGAUGUGGGAUCCAGCACAAAGGGAACAAGAACAGGACAUGAGGACCACAGGGGUUGGGGGAACCCACUGUGGGAAAUGACAGAGAAGCCAGCGGGGGAAGACAAAGAAAGAAGAAGGUGGAGGCAGAAUAAAGGUGAGAAGAAGGGAAGGGGAGGAUAAAACAAGUCUAGAUUUAGAUCUUCCUUCAUGCAGCCAUGCAUAGCUGUCUGAAGCCAGCAGGGAAGGAGGAGAAAGGGAAGGUGUGGUGGAGGAGGCUGUGCUCGUGAUGUCAUGCUUUCGUAUAUUCCCAGGUGCAGCUGCAUAUACUUGGCACAGUUUCUUGGGAUUUCUAGCCAGCUUCUUGGCCUCAUUUGUGCAUUAGUUAAUAUGUGGCCAGCCCUGUACUGGGAUGCUGGGAUAGAGAAGUGAAUGUUUGAGGCCUCUGCCUGAGUUUAUAACCUAGAAAGAAAUAAAGACACACACACACAAAGGUGUUGGAGUGUGACAAGCCUUAAGGUACCCGUGUGUCCAGGUAAACUAGAACCAGCAAGCGUGGAGUGCCCAGGUCAGUCUGGGGACUCUGGAGGCUUCGCACUGCAGGCGUCAGAUACUGAGUGUUAGUGGCAUGGAGAAGAGUGUGGAAGGCUCAGGAUGGGGGUGGACAGCCUGGAGUUGUCACUCUCAGUAGAGAUGCUAGAAGGGGCGGGAGGUGAUCCCAGCCUCCCUUCUUUCCUCCUCCUGGCUGUCACAGAUGCUCUGAAUUGAUGAAUCCUUCAGGCCAAAAACACACAGGCUCCUUCCCUAGGUCUGGAAAAAUGGUUCUUGCUGAAAAAGCACCAGGAAUAAAAUCUCAUACAAUUUUAGGUGUCUGUUUUGUUGUCUCACCUUGAAAUACUGCAGACAGAAAAACAUGCACAUGGGGAGCUGUGGUCCUGAGCUUUGAGGUAAUGAAUUCCCACUCAUGUGAUCAUUUUUACCAUAACCAAAGUUUCUAACCAUCAAAAUCAAGUGACAAUUAAAACAGGCAUUAAUGGAUAACUCCGUCUUUAAAUAUUAAUGGGGUUAAUUUUGUUAACAACUAUGUGUUGGUUGCAAGUGGAAUGUUCUCUGUUCAUUUGACUUUUGAGUAUAACUUGUUCCAGAAUAUUGUAAAAUUAAGUAUGUGAAUGUUUCUUUGUAUUCAGAAUUAAACAUUUGGUGUUAAAAUCCCAGGAUUAGGAGACAACUCCAUGUAAAUUUAAUAUGUAAUAAUAAGAUAAUAACUUUUUAAAAAGCAUUUGGAUGGCAAAUUAUACAUACUGACAAAUGAAUAUUAUCUGAAAGUUGUUUUGUUUCCAUUAACUUUUGUGAAACAAAAAGAAUUACUGUAACAGUCUAUGUCUUGGCGUAUUGCCAAUUCACCACUUUCUACUUUGUGCUGGAACAGAACCGGCUUUUUUGACGUCCCUGAGGAGUGGAAAUGCAAAACGAAUUUCAAGUUCUCUAAUCUUUGUUCUAUGACAAAUGAAAAAACCUAAGUUAUCUGGUCAAUGUUUUGGAGAUUUGACAACACAGCAGGUGAAGAGAAUUAGCUUAAAUUCCCUCCUCCCUUUCCUUCACUCUGUCAGGAAAUGGUGUGGUUUCCAAGCAUGAGCCCUUCAUGAUCUGUCUGGUGCAUUUCUGUGCUCCUGGGAUCGCCAAGUGCAGGCACGGCAUCGCAUCCCCAGGUGUCAUCCUGUGACCCAGGAGGGGAAGAUGACCCACCCAAUUUAGGUAAUGCUGCACUUCUUGUUAUAAUUGGUUAUUGGAAAAUGUGCCUUUAUUAUCGGAACAGUGGUGUGCGCAUUUCUGAUUAUGGAGCUAACUUUUGGAUAUCUGACUUAGAUACUAAAAACAUUUGGGUGUUGCGGUUUUGCACUUGUAGAUACAACUUAAAAGCAUGAAACUGGUGAUUUAAUUAGAUGUUUUCUAUAAAAUGCACCUUGCUACAUUUCUGUGAAAGGGUCUUACCAGCGUGGAAUAACUGGCUCAAGGGUUGAGAGAAACAACCAUUUUCUAAACAGUUAAUUGUUUAAAGGACUAUACAUGUAAGUCUGCAGGCAAUAAAGGCUGUUGUGAAAAGUAUC